UCCGGUGAGGUGGCGUGGAGGUCGAGCAGCUGUGUUUUCAGGUCGGCGACACGUCACCGCCGCGUCGGUAAUCAGCGCCGCUUACAAACUCUUGAGGAAGACAGCAAGACAGCAGAGACGGUAGUAACGAGUAGAUUCAAUAACUAGUUUGAGAAAUGGGAACGGCAGUUCCUCUUUAACCCCCAGCCUCCUGCACCGCCUUGGCCUAGGACGAGCGGGCUGCCAUGUCCGGUCAGGACCUGCUCUCGCCCGAGAUCCGGAGGCUUCGGAAGAAACUGCGGCAGAUCGCCGGCUUGGAGAUCCUGCAGCGCGAGCUGACGGGGGAGGAAAGGGAGAAGGUGUCCCGGAAGGCGGAGCUCUGCGCGCGACUGGCCCAGCUGCUGGCACGCCUCCCGCAGGAAGCCCAGGGCAUCGUGGGAAGCGACGCCGAGGAGAGAGGGCGGGAGACCAUGAAGAGACGAGUUCAGAGCAGAGAUGCCCAGGAGUCGAAGGCCCCAGUCUCGGGGCUGCCCGAAGAAGUGCCUGUGAAACAGUCAAAGCUAGAAGACACUAAAAGCACAGCCCGCCCAGCGGAGACAGAAGGCAGCACAGCGGACACAGGAUUUCUUGCUGCCAGAGAAUCAUGGGAAAAAGUGAAGUUCCGCCUAAGGUCCCUGGAGGGUCACAGUGACAUCAUCACCUGCGUUGCUGUUGUCGACAAUCAUGUUGUUUCCGGAAGUCGGGACACAACCGUGAAGGUCUGGCACGUUCCCACGGCGACGGAGCAGCGGCACCUGGGUGGUCACACAGGUGGCGUCACCUGCCUGAGCCUGCCACCCCCGGAGCACUGCAACAUCCUGGCUCGCUCUCUGGGGCUCGGCAGUUCGGAGAGGUUCAUUCUCAGCGGGUCCGUUGACAGCUGUGUGAGAGUCUGGGCUCUGAAUUCCGGCUCCUGCAUCAGGUCUAUUUAUACCUUUAACUCCGUCAUGUCUCUCAGCUUCAUCCCAGAAGGGGAGGGCUACAUCGUCACUGGGUCAGAUGGUGGGAAGGUGGAGGUGUGGAGCUGGCUAUCUGGAGAGUGCUGUCACUCAGUCAGAGCUCACGAGGACAGCGUCACGGCUCUAAAGACUCACGGCCCUCACCUGUUCAGCGGCUCGGCAGACGGGGGAGUGUCGGUCUGGGAGGUUACGGCGGGGUCGCGGGGUGACAGCGCCCCCCUUCGGCGCCUGACUCACUGGAGCCCCGUUCACACCGGCCUGGCAGGGGUCUGCUGCCUCAGCCCGCGGGGGGAGAGAGUGUACGUCGCAGAUGGGCGAGCGAGCCUGGGAGUCCUGGAUUGGAGAAACGGCUCGGUGUCCAGACUGGCCAACCACGGCUCUGUGUCUGGGGUAUCAGACUGUGUCACUCAGACAGAGGGGAUUCUGAUUGGCUCCGGGUUCGACCUAGAAACUGGGGAGAGCAGUCUUAACUUGCGCAGUCUCCCUGACAACAGGUACCUAGCAUCUCUGUCCUGGCCCGAAAGUCCCAGAAUCCUCUGCCUGGCCACCUGGCUGACCCCGAGUGGGGGUCACCGCUGGGUCACUGGAGGGCGGAGCCUCACCGUGUGGGAGCAGCUGCCAGCCAAUAGCAAGAAGAGCGAUGUCCAAACCAGGAGACUGAGCCCAUUGGAUGGCCCACCUCUGGAGUCAGGGUCUGAUGGAGAGAUGACCGAGGAGGAGGAGAGUGAAGAAGAGUACAGCUCCCGGGACGCAGCAGGGAAAGACACGGGACCUGGAACCUCAUGGGCCCACUGUGUUCUGCUAUGAAGGACCCUGCGCUCGGGUGGCCAGGCCGCUGCCCGAAACAAAUCCAGCCCCCCACCACCGGCUCUGUGAUGGAGUGAUAAAUUACGGAACUGAAGUUAUUGAUUUCUAGUUACCAAUCACUUUGGAAGGCUGAUCGGAACGAGGUGGUGGCAAAGCACUUGGAACGGAGGACAGGGCGUAAAAUUACUGCACGGGUCAAACAAUCCGUAUACCAUCCCAUCUGCUUGGUAGUUAGUAGCUAUUACCGAUUGACCUGAGGGUCUCGUCCAUACGGUAACUGACUGAAACCAGGAUAUCGGCUUCAGCAACAUGGCAGGGCAGCUUGUUCCAUGCUCCUACCACCCUUUGGAUAAAGUGGCCCUUGCUGUUCUGUCUCAGAUGGACAUCUGUGUAGUUACUCCUGUGCCCUCUGUUUUGUGCUUUACUAUUUUGUGUGGGGGGGGUGAAAGUGGGGUGAACAGCGCUGGAGGGAGAGAGGAGGGGGUGAGGAAGAGGCUGGGCGUGUGUCGGGGCUGUCAGAGUUUGGGGAACAGAUCUGUCUCUUUAUACU